AUGGAGCGGGUUCGUAGGCAUUUGUCUGAGGUUGCCGCUUGUGGAUUCUGUGGUAAGGCUGAGUCGUUGUCUCAUGUCCUGAGGGAUUGUGACAUGGCGCGCAAACUGUGGCUGGAGUUGGUCCCAAUCUCGUGCAGACCGAGCUUCUUCUCACAGGAUAUUUGCACAUGGUUCUGGUCGAACGUGGUGGAGGACGCUAAUGUCGGGAUCGAAAACUGGGAAAUCAUCUUUCCCAUCGCAUGCUGGCGGCUUUGGGCCUGGCGUAAUAUGGCCAUUUUCUCGAACAAAGUUUUUCCCUUGGAGGCAAAAAUCAUGGACAUUAACAGAAGAGUGGAUACACAGCUAAGGAGUCUGGACAUAACCCUUCUUCCCGCAGCCAUCAGGUUUCGAAAAUUUGGUUUCAUACCUCGGGUCGAGAGUCAUGAACUGCCGAAAUAUGUCCAGCUGUGCGGUGUGCCCCUCUUAGGUGAGGCUGCCAGCACCGGCGAUGACAGUUGUUUGUCGAGGAUGCCGCUCGAACUAAAGUCUUGA